AAAAUUUAGCCUAGUCGUUAAUAGUGCACCAGUUUGUUAAAUCCGGGUUGUGACUUGUGCAGACCCGUUUCAGUCUCGAUCACUCACACUCUCCGUUUCCUCUUCCGAUUCGCACCCUCCGUUUCCUCUUCCGAUUCGCACCCUCCGUUUCCUCUUCCGAUUCGCACCCUCCGUUUCCUCUUCCGAUUCGCGCUAGGUUACUUUGAUUUCGAAUCCCACAAAGGAAGAAUGAGGCCGACAGACUUGCUUAGGGUUCUGAACAAGCAGUUUCUUGGACUUGCUGGUGACACCACAAAUGCUGUUGCUAAGAAGCUGACGUCGCCUCCUCCUCCUCUUGUGUCCCGCAAACCAGCGUUUAUAGAUGCAUUUCUGUACAAGAUGAAAAAGAAUCCAGAACUUCUGAAGAACAAAUCCAUUUGGUCACGAAGAUCCACUAUCUUGCCAGAAUUCGUUGAUUCCCAAGUCAAGAUUUACAACGGGAAAACCAUGAUUCGUUGCAAGAUCACAGAGGGAAAAGUCGGUCAUAAGUUUGGCGAGUUUGCUCUCACCAGGAAACGCAAAUCUAGAGACCAACCUAAUGCCAAAGUGAAACAACUCAAGAAAAAGAAGUGAUUUUUUUCUUCUUCCGGAAAUUGGUUUUAUGGAUAGUUUAUACUCUGCAGUUACUUACAUCAAUGUUGACAAUAAGGAUAUCAUGAAAUUUGACAAAGCUUGCUGUUGAAUCAACUGGCUUCUUGACUAUAUGAUCUCUUCAUUUUUGUCGUUCUAAUAUAACUCGGACUGAUUUAUCGAUUUAUAGUCAAGAGGAUAUAAAUUUUCCAGUUAUUUGUUUAUGUUGAAUGUCCUGCAACUGCACAUGUAUGCUAUCUGUUUUCACUCAGUUGAUGUAUAUAUUUUUGCAAGAUUGUUACACUAGUUGAUGAAAUUAACAAUGUAAUUGAUAGAACAUGCUUGUUGAACUUAAUUGUUCAGAGUUUA